CUGGUUUCUGGACAAGAGAGAGCGUUUUACUUUCGUGUUUUUCGAUGUUUUAAAAUAAAAGAGCAUUGGAGUUGGAGAUAGAUGGCCAAUCGUCAUAGCAAUGGCUUCGCUUUGCCUCACUCCGUUGCCACCUCCGCCACCUUCUCAACCUCGUAAACUCUUGGAACCUAAUUAUUCUUCUUCUUCUUCUCCUUCUUCUUCUUUGAAUUUAAAGCCCAUUGUCGUAAAUGGAAACCCACCAACUUUUGUUUCUGCUCCUGGUCGCCGAAUUGUCGCUGUUGGGGAUCUUCAUGGAGACCUUGACCAAGCAAGAUGUGCACUUGAGAUGGCUGGUGUCUUGAGUUCUGAUGGUGAAGACGUAUGGACUGGUGGAGAGACGGUUUUAAUUCAGCUUGGAGAUAUACUUGAUCGAGGUGACGAUGAGAUUGCUAUUUUAUCCUUGUUGCGAUCAUUGGAUAUACAGGCAAAAGCUGAAGGUGGAGCAGUUUUUCAGGUCAAUGGGAAUCAUGAGACUAUGAACGUUGAAGGGGAUUUCAGAUAUGUUGUAUCUGGGGCAUUUGAUGAGUGUAUUGAUUUCCUAGAAUACUUGGAUGAAUGUACAAAUGACUGGGAAGAAGCUUUUGUCAGUUGGAUUGGUGUGUCUGGAAGGUGGAAAAAGGAAAGGAAGAUGUCCCAAAAUUAUUGGGGUCCAUUGAAUCUAGUGAAGAGGCAGAAGGGGAUGAUUGCCAGAUCUAUGCUCUUAAGACCAGGUGGUCCAUUGGCAAGUGAGUUGGCGCAGCAUGCUGUUGUUCUUAAGGUUAAUGACUGGGUCUUCUGUCACGGUGGCCUACUUCCUCACCAUGUUGCUUAUGGCAUAGAGAGGAUGAAUGGAGAAGUAUCUCACUGGAUGAGAGGUCUCAGUGAGAGUGGUGAUAGUCCUCAGAUCCCUUUCAUGGCUACCAGGGGUUAUGAUAGCGUUGUAUGGAACCGCCUAUUUUCAAGGGAUGUUUCAGAUUUGGAGGACUAUCAGAUUAAACAGAUACAUUCUAUUCUUGAAGAGACACUGCAAGCAGUUGGUGCCACAGCAAUGGUGGUGGGGCAUACUCCUCAAACUCUAGGGGUGAAUUGUAAAUACAAUUGUAGCAUAUGGCGCAUAGAUGUGGGAAUGUCCAGUGGUGUUCUUAAUUCAAGACCAGAGGUUCUAGAAGUAAGAGAUAAUAAAGCAAGAAUUAUAAGGAGCAGAAGGGACACAUACAGUGAAUUCCAAGCUAUUGACUAUAUAUAGAAUCAAUCAAAUGAACUAUUGAGGAAAUACAGGCUGUACUCUUGACCCUGAAACGAUUUUGUUAUACUUGCAUUCUUUCAGUGGCUUACAUUGUUUGCAUUUAAAACAAUAAGCCAACAAUGAUAAAGAAGCAGAUACGGUGCUGAUCCAAGCACUAAAAGAGGCAAAGCAAGCGUUCUAUCACGUCCUUAAAGUGAAAUUAUUCUAAGACCUGGCUUGGUGUAAAUGAAAUUGUUUACACUGAUUAUAAACUGAAUCAGGCUGUUAAAUAAAGUUGCACAUAGUUGAAUUUGAAUAAGAUCAAGAGAAGAUACUGUAAUUGUGACAACAUUGUUCAAUGUAGUAUGCCCAUUUCUUAA